UUUUGAUUACCGUGAUAGCCGUAACAAAUGCUGGUUUGUGUUUUGAUAAGGAUAUUGCCUUGUGUAAUAUGAUGGCAAAGGCUGACCCAAAUAUGUGCAACGAUCCAUGUAUGGCAAAUUUAUGUACAAGAUUUUGCGGAAAAUGUCCAUUUAUUUGUCACAGUUGUCACGAGGUAGCCGAUGCAACGAGCUGUAGACCUAUAAUACAAUGUAACUCAAGUGAUGAGUACUGUUUUACAGUCCAAACCUUCAACGAUCAUUUUGAAGAGACAUUCAAACUUGGAUGUGCGUCAAAACAUACAUGUUUACAAUACUCAUCGAUUUCUCACACCAAAAGAGUGAGCAUUGAUGCGGGAUGCUGUAACACUGACCAAUGUAACAAUAAACCACCAUCGUUACUUCAUAUUGGCAAUACAACAACACAGUCACCAGCUGGUGGUGAAUUAAGGAAUAGGACACUGUGUGAGAAUCUUGCUGAUGAUGUCUGUGCCAGAAUAGCCAAAGUUAUACCAAAUAUGUGUUCUGACAGCUGUAUAGCUAACAACAUAUGUCCACAUACAUGCGGAAAGUGUUACAACUGCCUGUCAUGUGACGAAAUCGAAUCUCCAGACAAAUGUAAUACUACAACGGAAUGUAACGAUGGCAAUGAAUGCUUUCUAAUGGAGGUACUGACACAUGAUUUCAAACCAGCAGUUAGAUUAGGAUGCAUGGAAAAAAAGACAUGUCAGAAAUUCCAUACCUCAGUGACUGAUGUUUUCGGAAAGCGCCAGUCCUUCACACUUCAGGGGAGAUGUUGUAUUGGAGAAAAAUGCAAUUCAAACUUAACGUCAGCAAUCAACCUAACACCUACUCAAACUUCAAUGAUGCUCGAGGGCAAAAUGUAUGAUAUGGGUCUGUCGUCGUCUUCAACAUCUGUGAAUAGAGUAGUGCACGGUUGUAGUACGACUGUACGACAAUGUCCUGUUGGAUUUUAUUUGUAUGAUAACAUCUGUUACCAUCUUGGAAAUACAUCGCUAGACAAAACUCAUGCCAAGAAUUAUUGUAGAAAGCAAUGUUCCAACUUGGCUGAAUUCGGUACUUUUACACCUGAACACAUGAAACAGUUUUUCCAAUAUGCCAGUCGAUUAUUCCAUAUUAGUUCUGGAGAAGAAUUUCAAGCUUACGUUGGAAUAAAGGAUGCCAAUCAGUCCGGAAGUAGGCCGAAGUGGGUUUGGGAAGUAAGUGGUCAAACCAUUGUACAUGGAAUGCAAACACGAUUCAAUCCUACUCAUCAUACAUAUUGUAUGGUAGCCAUUCAUCGUACAUACAGUUCUGACCACUCCUAUAUAGCAGGACUGGCGAAUGUAGACUGUAGUAAACAGUACAAACCACUAUGUCAAAUCAAAUUGUCCUAAAAUUAUACUGUUUAAAAGGAUGCAUAAUAAAAGACAAGAACACAUAUUCA